AUGUUACAUGGAUCUAUUGCUAGUUUAAUUCAUAUAUCAUUUUCUUUAUCUAAUAGUAUAAUCGAUAAAGGUUUUAAGAUUCAUUGGACAACAAUUAAUGUAGAUUUUUUUUCAACAUGUCGUCAAAUAAAAUGGCGUCAUUUAAAUUCAGUUUAUAUGGCAAAACAUAUAUGUAUAUUUCUUAUUAUAUUUUGGAUAUUAAUAACUAUUCCAACUCUUAUCUAUGUAAAACCUAUUCAAUUUACAUCAAAUAAACGAUGA